GUCUAAAACCUUGGAGAACGUCUGCCAAUCAGUGUAAAUACAGUCAGGCUCCCCAGAACAAGAAGGAUUCUUUAAUCUGCUGACGCAUGUACAAGGAGGACGCAUGGAUGAGCAACGCUGCAACAUUCAGAUUGUGCACAGCAAGAGUGGGUCAGAUCCUGAGAAGAAGGAUAGCCCCAGCCCACCACCAGAGAUGGACAACCUUAUGGAAAUGCUGGCACAAACACAAAGCCGGCGGAUGGAUGAUCAACGUGUCAGCUUUAACUACCUCCCAGGAUUCCAAAACACUGAACGUAAUGCCAGCAACAAAUCAGACUCUGGAGCCACAAAGAAAUGAGUACCUCCCCAACCUUGGUCAGGGAAGGCAGCAGACAGACAUGGACCUGAUGCCACCAAGCACAGCACUCUGCCA